GCCCGCCUAGAAACCAAAAAGACGCAUUAAAAGUAUAGAAAAUAUGUCAUGUUGCACUGAUUUAUAAAGGCAUAUAGCAGGCUGAGAGAGAAAGAGGGGAAAGUGUCAUGCCCACUUGCGUCCUGCACCACUUCGGUUUACUUUCGAGAGCCAUGUUGGCAAACCUUUACUAUCAUGUCUCCACAAUGAAAGAGAAACUGAAUGAACAUUGAACAGUUUUAGCUGCACGUCCCAAACUGUGAGGACCAUGCGACCGGGCACGGCCCGAGUGUGGGUAACAGAAUUCAGCAAUUCUUCGUUGGUCAAUCCAAGUCCAGUGGUCUUUGAUGAUGCUGAGUUGCUUGUGGAUGAGUACCUAUCCCCCGAGAAACUGCAAGUCCUGGCAAAGACUGAUGACCUGACACAAGUGACGUUUUUGGAGAUGUGUGUGGACACACGAGAAAAUAGCCUGGGAAACUUUGGGACGUAUUUGCCCAGUUUGGUCCAAAUGAAACUGAACAAUAGUGUGAUUGCCUCUGUGAGGGAUCUUGGAACAACACUGUCCCACUUAGAGGUGUUAUGGAUGGUUCGCUGCUGUCUCUCGGACCUGGAUGGGAUACCCUCAUUUUGUUCCUUGAAGGAACUGUAUCUUGCAUAUAAUGACAUCUCAGAUCUGAGUCAAGUUAGCAUGUUGGAUCACCUAGUGAUUCUAGACCUUGAAGGCAACAAUAUUGAAGACAUUAUUCAAGUGCAGUACCUUGGCCUUUGCAGUAAAUUAAGUGUUCUAACAUUGGAAGGAAAUCCUGUCUGCUUGACACCACGUCCAGGUGCAACUGAGGACUUAGGAUACAAUUACCGGGCCACAGUGAAAGAUCUGAUUCCGCAGCUCAGUGUUUUGGAUGACCUUCCUGCGAAUGAUAUCACUCCAUCAGCUUGCAGACAAGCAAAUGAAGACUGGAAGACCAUAAAAGACUUAAUCAAAGAUAGCAAUCUUUUGGAGGAUGAUGUCACACCUGGCGAUAGACCUCCAUCUAGACAGCGUCCAGCCACUGCGAAGCCCAGCACUGGUCAGAGGCCACGGAUUUCACAAAGACCAGCAAGCGCUGGAGGAUUUGGGACCAGUCGAGGAUAUAAUAGCCCUGGGAAUCUCUGUCCUGGAUCAUCUGGAUCAGAUGAAAGUGUUUUAGAAGAAGAUGCCAGUGGCCUUACGCAUGGAGUUGGUCAGGUGAUAUGUGGAAAUCCAAUAAAAGCUCUUCGUGCAAGACGACAGAAAUUAAAUCUCACCUCCUCUUCUUCAAGUCUCAUUCAAGAGUGUAGCCAUAAAUCUGAGGAAUGUGUUGAAGCCAAAGAAGUGACAAAUAAAAAUCAGGAGAAUAUUUUUGCUGAGCUCAAAGCAUGGAGACUGGAACACAGCAAGCGUCUAGAAGCUAUUCAGAAGGAACGUGAGCCACAGAUACUUAAGAUUGUACACUGCAAUGAUGAUGAAUCUAGUCUGGAUGGAAGUAGUGAAGAAGAGUUUAAAGAGAGUAGUUACAAUGAUGAGGUUUUAAGUGCAUCUCCAGAGCCCUCUGGGUGCACAACUUCAUCACCUGAUUUCUCAGCUGAAAUAGAUGCAACUAUAGUGAUGUCCUCAAACUCCCUGUUUUGUCCAUCACCUUCUCCCCCACCCCGACAUAAUGGGCCUCCAGGAACACGGAAAACCUCAGAGCUGAGGGCACGACGCCUAAAAAUCCAGCAGGAAAAAGUACAAGGGCCGCACAACGCAGCAUAUGAAGUGGCAGUAAGUGCUGGACCGCUUUUGGCUGAUGAAGAAUUUCACCUUCUGGAUCCAGAGAGAGUCAACAUGGACAUGUCAGCUGUGAAACCAAAAUCAUGUCCAGAGUUCGGGUCGAGAGUCUUUCCAAACAGUGCAAUUUUAAGGCCAGCUUCUGGACCACCAGAAAUGAGACAUCGGAUUCACAAAGCUGUGCUUGACAGAAGUUCUGAGAACCUCACAAAUGAUCAUCGGCCAAUUAUUCGCUCGUCUGCAAAAUCUCCCGAAAGUCCAUCAACCCAAAUUGGCAUCUCACCUCUUAGAGCGAAGGCUGCAGUGCAGCGCCUACCAAACAGACCUGCUCUCAGGCCACCUCACUCGAAGACGGAGAUCAUCUGACACCUUGCAAAGACAAAUGGGAAAGAAGUGCGACAUUAAGAUGGAAAUAGACUUGCCAGAGACCUGCCGCCAGGCUUUCUGUGAGAGCGUUUUUUUUGUUUUGUUUUUUUUAAUCCUUGCCACCUUUAGGGUUUUCAUAUUAAUUGUUCUUCUUAUAUGUAUUUUUAUUAGAAAUAAUCUAUUUUUAAUGUGUACAAACAUUACCUUGAACUUUUCAAUCAUGGCACUGGCAACUACACCAAUAAACACUUAAAGAUAUUUUGUCACUAAAUUUGAAUACUUUGGAGAGGCCAAAUUGAUUUAUUUGAAGAAUUUGAAUGCUGCACUUGAAUAGAUGACAGUCAGUCAGUCAUUUUCCAACCCGCUAUAUCCUAACACAGGGUCACGGGGGUCUGCUGGAGCCAAUCCCAGCCAACACAGGGGGCAAAGCAGGAAACAAAGCCCGGGCAGGGCGCCAGCACACUGCAGUGAAUACAUGACAUAAAAGUAGAAAAUCCACUGGAAAGCAGCUCAUGAAUCUGCGUUCAGUUUCUACCUUGCUGACUGCCUGUGUGGAUAUCACACGUUCUCCUUUUGUCCAUGUGGAUGUUCCCAGGUUCCCCGUAUUCCAUCCUGUUUGCAAAGAUGUGUGUUAGAUAACAAAUUAGAAUUAGAAUUAGAAUUAGAACAAUCUAGACGAGAACAGACCAUUCAGCCCAUCAAA